UCGAGUUGAAGAGAGAUCCAAACAUGAGUGCUGAUUAUCCAGAGGAAAUGAGUAAUCCGGUUUCUGCAGGAGCACAGAAGUGUACUCAUGAGGUCGCUGACACGUUCAGAGAUUGCGACAAUGACAGAGAACAAACAGGAACAAAAUGUUCUGGUGUUCAGCCUAGUAGUAAAACUGACCAAAAGCCAUGCACAGAACUACCUCCCCAGAGGAAGGCUGGUCCCUCCCCGUCCCCGCCGAUUCGUCAUGAACAUGGCUCCAGAUGGCGUCUUCCUAUCCAAGCUGAUGAAGGGUGCUGACACUUUUGAGUUGAAGUACGACUUUUCGUGUGAGCUGUACCGCUUGUCCACGUACUCCGCUUUUCCCGCUGGAGUUCCUGUCUCAGAAAGGAGCCUGGCUCGUGCUGGCUUUUACUACACGGGUGUCAACGACAAGGUCAAGUGCUUCUGCUGUGGCCUGAUGCUGGACAACUGGAAGCGAGGCGACAGUCCUGUGGAAAAGCACAGGCAGCUGUACCCCAGCUGCAGCUUCGUCCGAACUCUGAAUCCAGCCGGCAGUCUGGAAGCCAGCCCUCAGCCAUCUCUUCCGUCGGCAGCACCGAGCACUGUGCCUUCAUUAUUUGCAAGUCUGGAGAACACUGGCUAUUUCAGCGGCUCGUAUUCAAGCUUUCCCUCGGAACCUGUGAACUUCAGAGCAAAUCAAGAUUGUCCCGCUUUGAGGACAAGUCCCAACCACUUUGCAAUGAAUAUGGAGAAGGCCAGAUUACUCACCUACCAAACGUGGCCGUUGUCCUUCCUGUCACCAGCCGAGCUGGCCAGAGCUGGCUUCUACUACGUAGGCCCUGGAGACAGGGUGGCCUGCUUUGCCUGCGGUGGGAAACUGAGCAACUGGGAACCGAAGGAUGACGCUAUGUCAGAGCAUCGGAGACAUUUUCCCAACUGUCCGUUCUUAAAAGACCCAAGUCAGCCCGCUUCAAGGUACUCUGUCUCUAACCUGAGCAUGCAGAUACACGCAGCACGCGUCAGGACGUUCUCUAGCUGGCCUUCCAGUGCUCUGGUCCAUCCUCAGCAACUUGCAAGUGCGGGCUUUUAUUACACAGGACACAGUGAUGAUGUCAAAUGCUUUUGCUGUGAUGGCGGACUGAGAUGCUGGGAAUCUGGAGACGACCCCUGGGUGGAGCAUGCCAAGUGGUUUCCAAGGUGUGAAUACUUGAUAAGAAUGAAAGGACAAGAGUUUGUUGGCCAAGUUCAAGCCGGUUACCCUCACCUCCUUGAGCAGCUAUUGUCUACCUCACACACCCCAGAAGACGAGAGCGCAGAGUCACCAAUUGUGCAUUUUGGACCUGGUGAAAGUUCAGAGGAUGUGGUCAUGAUGAACACGCCGGUGGUUAAGGCAGCUUUGGAAAUGGGCUUCAGUCGGAGCCUGGUAAGACAGACAGUUCAGCGUCAAAUCCUGGCCACUGGUGAGAACUACAGGACCGUCAGCGACCUCGUGAUAGGCUUACUUGAUGCAGAAGACGAGAUAAGGGAGGAGCAGAAGGAGCAGGCUGCCCAGGAAGCAGACUCAGAUGAUCUGACAUUAAUCCGGAAGAACAAGAUGGGGCUUUGUCAACAUUUGACGUGCGUGAUGCCGGUCCUGGAUUGUCUCCUGAGUGCCAAGGCAAUCACUGGACAGGAGUACGAUGCUGUUAAACAGCAACCACUGGCCUUGCAAGCGAGAACACUAAUUGACACUGUGCUGGCCAAAGGGAACAUUGCAGUAACCUCAUUCCGAAACUCCCUUCAGGAGAGUGACCCCGUGUUAUACAAAGAUUUAUUUGUGCGACAGGACGUCAGGUGUCUUCCCACAGAUGACAUUACAGCUCCGCCAAUGGAAGAGCAAUUGCGGAAACUACAGGAAGAGAGGACAUGCAAAGUGUGCAUGGACAGAGAGGUAUCCAUCGUGUUCAUUCCCUGUGGCCAUCUGGUCGUGUGCAAAGACUGUGCGCCCUCUCUGAGAAAGUGCCCCAUCUGCAGAGGAACCAUCAAGGGCACAGUGCGCACGUUUCUCUCCUGACGGGACUGGGACUGAAUGGUCCACGGCCGAGACCCCGGUUCAGCAUCACCCUCAGCUCCCUGUGGAACUCAAGGCAAGCCUGGACUACAUGAGAUACCACCUCAGAAUAAACCAGUGAACACAUGGACAAAGGGAAAAAUGAGGGGAAAAGAAAAAUGUUGCCUAAACCCAAGGAAGAAUGGAUGAAAUAUGUAACAGUGUAACUCUUAUGCGGAUUUGGGGUCUUUAAAAGUGCUAUUUAUUUCCAAGUCAGACAGCUGCUUUCUGGAAACGUAUUUAUGUAAUACCUGUAUCUGGAGCAUAUUUAUGUACACAUUCAGAUGCCGAGAGAUGGGGCUCUGCUCUUGACCCUGAAAAGCAGGCUGCCUACAUUCCUGAAGUAUUCAGAGGAGACUUACAAUGCUGGCAUUUGUAGUUCAGAAUAUGAAAUCUUCUCAAAUUGCGUUAAGAACUGGGAACACAGAUUUUCUACUUGUUUUCUAAGUGUUUUAUUUAUUGAAUGACAUGUUAGGGAUAUGGGGUUUUUAAUAAAGAUUUUGUGAGGAAAAAUUAAUAAAGCAACAAAAUUACUCUUGUUAUUUA